AUGAUCUUCAGAACAAUAAGCGUUAAUUUGUCAAAGGCUCUGGCGAGAGCUCACGCCUCGGCGUUAUCCCACAUACCGAAUGCUGCCUGGGGAGCACCUUACUCAAGGCUGCUAUGGGCAUUUUAUCAGGAGUACAAAGGCAACAUUACCAUCAAACUUCCCGAGCUUCACGAGCGCCUAGGCCCUCUCAUACGCAUAGGGCCCAAUGAAGUCUCGUUUUACUCAAUGGAUAUCUAUGAUGCAGUGCACAAGGUUAACAGUGGUUAUGUCAAAGAUCCACGUAAUUAUGGCGAGUUUGUGCAGGAUGGACAUCCCGCCCUAUUCUCCAUCACAGAUCCGGAAGAGCAUUCGAAACGGCGAAGAAUUCUUGGCCAGCUCUACAGUCGUAGCAAGAUCGGGAAUCUCGAAGAUCUCAUGCUUAUUCACGUGAAUAACUUUGUUCAAAUCCUUUUCCAGAAGUUUGGUGCCUUCGACAUAGGCCCGGCAUGCCGAGCUCUUGAGGCCGACAUUAUUUCGGACUUCUCCUUUGGGGAGGCGCUCGGCGCCAUAAAUGCAUGGUCACGGGACGAAGAGUUAGCGAUUGUGUCGAAGAAUGACAAGAAGGCAACGUUGAUGCCUCUGCUUAUGAACUUUCCAACGCUGUACGAGCUAUGGUGCUCAGUCGAAGACGCCGCUAGUCGAUUGACAGGAUCCAAAGUCUCUUAUCGACAAGGUCUUGAGCAAUAUGAUCAGUGGACUUAUGAUGCUUGGACUCGCAACAAACUCAGUGAAAAGCCAGUGACCUCCGAAUUUCCGAAUCUGAUUCGGGUCAUGGUCGCAGCGGGAGUGCCUUCACAAACGGCGCUGUCUGAAGCUAAAGAGAACUUAGGACCAGGCACUGAUACAACUUCCGCUUCCUUAGCGCACACUCUUUACGCCCUCUCGAAGAACCCUGUAUUCCAACAAGAGCUGUACGAAGACCUCUAUCAGCAGGGAUUUCCUACCGACCUGACGUCCCUGGAAAACAUCCCACGGCUGAAAGCUUGCGUCAAAGAAGGAAUCCGCUGGGCUGGUGCGGCGUCCGCUAUGCUACCCCGUGUUGUCCCUAAAGGGGGUGUAGAACUGAACCGCAAAUACAUACCGGAAGGGACUGUUUUGACGUCAUCGCCUAUCUGGUAUCUGCGAGACAAAGACGUCUACCCGAACCCUGACUUAUUCGACCCCUAUCGCUGGAUCGACGAGAGCGGCGACUUCAUCAAGGAAGACGCCCUUCGCGACAGAUUUUACACUCCCUUUUCUAAAGACCGAAUGUUGAAGACCAUGGACAAGAUUCGCACUUGCGGUUUCCAUCGAAACAUCAUUGAUUCUUCUGGGCUUCCCCUGGAAGUCGGCGCGUAUGCUGUUCACGACUUGGUAUUCGCGGUCAAGGACGGUGUGCACGACUGGUCUGAAGACGGAGAGUCGGCACUUGCACGUGCCCAAAAGAAACUGAAAUUCGCCAUCAUCGAGGGCUUGGACACAGCCUACGACAGCAAGAAUAUCGAUCAUUACAGGAGAGUAUGUGAUACUGCGGUAUGGAUUGACCAAAUCUUUUUCGGCUGGCAGCUCACGCACCCCGGAAGACGAGGGCACUCGGACUUGGAGAUCACCAUCGAACACAGUAAUCCGCGCUGCGAGGGCUCUUGGAGCUUCUCCUCUGUUGCCUUGGUGCGCCAGAGCAGGAAUGUGAGGGCCCGUUCUCGCAUCGAGAUCGAUUCGCACGACCACGACCCGUGGACAAUCUCUGAAGUCAUUGCCUUUCUCAUCCACGAAAUGGCACACGUGUACCUGGACCUAUUCUCCUGCCGCGGAGGUCUUUGCAGCGACCGAAAGCAUGCCACAACGGCCUGGAAGGCCCUCGCGCAGGAAUGCCUGCCCAGCCGCGGUCGCGAUUUGGAUCACUGGUGGAACAUUACCGGAUUUCAUCUCGCAAACCUCAUCGACGGGGCCGGCUAUUCCACCGAGAGGCAAUACCAAGCUCUCUUGUUCCAUUACCACAACAUCGUACCGUACUUUGGACCUGCGCCUGACCAGUAUGGAAACGUGCCUUGGAAGUCAAUCAUGUCCACAGACGGUUCACCCAUCGAAUAUUCCUGGAAGUGGAGUACGAAACCUGAAGGCCAGCCCGAGAUCCGCUACUCCAUGGAGGCGAUCGGAGAACUCUCCGGCUCCUCCAUCGACCCGUUGAACCAGCACCGCGGGCGUGAGCUCAUGCAGCAUCUGGCCACCGUGGUGCCGACCGCGAAUUUCGAUUGGGCUCAUCACUUCUUGGCCCACCUCUUCGAUCAUGACGCAGCCAAGUACCACCGAGAGAAUCAAGAGGGAGGGGUGCCUCCGCGCGGAACCCUUGGCCAUGGCAUUGAGUACGGCCCUUCGGGCAUCAGCAUCAAGACGUACUUCUCCUCUCGCCGGCUGGGUUCUCGUGGCCACGCGAGCUUCGAGCAAUGGGACGAAGCCAUACGCUGCUUGGACCCGAACAACGCCAACCGCGAUGCGUUACUGGAGUUCCUCAAGGAAAACUCGGAAGGAAAGCUCCUGACACCGUUCACACUCGCUCCCGAUGGUGCGGCGGCGGACAAGGCGCGCCUGAAGUUGUACUUCACCUCGCCGAACACUAGUUUUACUUCCGUGCGCGAGAUACUCACGAUUGGCGGCACCAUCAAGGUCUCCGAGGAGUCGUUGGAAGAGCUACGAUCGCUGAUCACGGCUGUUCUCUCGCUCCCAGACGACUACGCCGAAGACGAGGCCAUCCCCAGCAAGCCCUGGACGCCGCCGGCCAAGGAGAUCUUCGCCGACCAGCCUGCCCUCCUGGGCGGCUACUGCUACUACUUUGACAUCCCGCCGGGCCGCUCCAAGACUCCCGACAUCAGAUUCUACUUGCCUGUCCGCCAGUACGGUCCGGAUGACGGCAGUAUCGCGAACAGUGUUGCAACUUGGAUGAAGUCCCGCGGCCGGGGCGCCUACGCCAGCAAAUUUCUUCGAAUGAUGGAAAGCUUUGCUGAACAUCGCAAGCUGGAUGAGGGCAAGGGCUUGCAGACCUACAUUGGAUGCAUGAUCAAGAAGAAUGGCGAUCUGGAUGUCACGUCUUAUUUUGGGCCGGAGGCGUACCAUCCCAGUCGUUUCGCAACUCGCAACGGAAUGAAUGGUCACUAG